AUCUGGAAGUGUCACAGUGUAGUCGGAGCGCCGCCAACAUGCAGGCGUCCUGUUCUUAAUGCAUCAGGAGUCGGAAGAUUUUAAAAAUUCAACUAAAACUUGAGAUUAACAGCGAAUCGUUAUUUACAGGAAAAAAGGACUGUUUGCGGGUCAGUCAGCGAGGGAGAUCAAGAGUUAUUUAGAUAGAGCAGAGAAGCAGGGGCAGCCAGCCGGGUGAUCAGAGUGUUUCCUGGCUUUGAUGCGAUCCGACUCUGCCUGGAGCAUGUCCACAGUAGGCCUGACUGCCCAGGAGAUCUCUUUUCCCAUAGAAAACCCCUUCCUCCGGGGCAGCUACUGUCACAGCAUGGCUGGAUCCAAGCCCUCCUGGAGCUACCGCCAUGAGCCCACGGACAAUUUCUACUUUAGUAUGGACACACAUAUAGACCAGAACUACCGAACCCAGCAGAAAGGGCCACCCCAGAGUUAUGAGAAGCCUAAAAACAGUCCCAACUCUCAGAGAUUACCUCCAAAGAAAUCCAGACCCUCCCAUCUGUCCCUGCCCAGCAGCGUGGAACCAUCCACCCCAAGUCCUGGCGAUGAUGACCAGGUGGUCCCCUCAUUCAAGAGGCUUUCCUUCUACGAGAACAGCCCACCUCAAACGCCGGAUAGAUAUUCAAAGCCCCUGCCACCCAUCCCACCUCAAACGGACAUCUCGACUGAGCAGGCUGUGGAUAAUGAGGUGGAAUUUUUCACCAGUACAGAUGAAAGCCGCUGCCUUGUGUCCAGUGAUGACCAGUAUUCCAAAUCGUCUCCUUUUCGGUGUGUACUCCCCAGCAGAAGGAGCUUCAGGGACUGUGGGCAGAUAAACUAUGCUUAUUAUGACGGUCCGUUAGGACCACAGACCCAGCAGCAGGCCCAGCCUCAGCACUACCAGGCACAUCCUCAGCAGGAAGUGCGACAACAGCAUGAACACCAGCGACAGGAACCACCAGAGCAUGUGGUCUGUCCGAGACCGCAGGACAAAGCUCAAAGGAAGCUACGACGUUCUCACUCUGGGCCUGCGGGCUCUUUACACAAACCCUCACUGCUGCGUCUCUGUCACAAACGUUACACCAAUGGUUCGGAUAAAGCAGAGGUGCCACCCCCAAUCCCUCCCCGCAUCGUCAAGACUGGAGACUUGCGCCGCUGGUCAGCAGAGGUCUCGCCUGGGGCGUACAGCGACGAGGACAAACCACCCAAGUUGCCACCAAGGGACCAUUUUGCCAGAGGCAGCUCCCGCACCCCCAGUCCAAAGAGCCUCCCAACAUAUGCUAAUGGGGUCAUGCCCCCCACCCAGAGUUUUGCACCAGACCCCAAGUAUGUUAGCUGUCGGUGUUUUCACAGACAGAACAGUGAGGGCUCUCCAUGCAUCCUUCCUGUCAUGGAGAAUGGCAAGAAGGCUAGCAACACACAUUACUACCUUCUGCCUCAGCGGUCUGCAGAUUCGCCCUGUGACUGCCACACCAAGAGAAAAGUAGAUUUAGUUUAGUUUUAGAGGUUCUAGUUGAAGUAGUAGGACUGUACAUGAGCAAAAAACCACUUGACAAAAUAGUGAAACUAGAUGCUAACAACCAUCAAACUGCUGCUUUUUACAGUUUUUUGUUUUUUCAAUACCCCACCGUAUUGUUAACUCACAGGGUAUGUGUGCACUGUAUACAGUUACUGGUUGAACCGCUAUCACAACAAAGAUACUUCAUUGGAGUAAAGAUUGUGAUCAAAAUUCAGCAUCGUAGAGCUUAUUUUUUAUAUGAUUUUAUUUCAUGACAUUCGUUGCUGUACUUUUUUUUGUUGUUUUAGUAGUUGUCGUUGACGAUGUGGUACAAUCAAAAGGUGCAAGCGGGCUUUGCACCUGAUGUGCUCAGUGUUUUGUGUCUGGAAUGGUGGGGAUGUUUUUAUGUAAUGCACAUGGGGCUUUCUGUGAUGCUGCUUUUGUAUCUUACAAGGGACAAAAGGUCAGUAAACCAUGUAACACUUAAUAUAUGAAGUCUAAACCCAAGCACAGUGAAUUUUUUUUUUUAUUAAAAUGAAGGACCCUAGCUAGCAGUGUGAUGUUUUAUCCUAACAUUGGCAUGAUGUACUUCCAGUUCUGCUUGAGCCAUGCUUUUCCCACAUGGCACAUUGUUUCUGGUAGCUAUGCUUGUUUCCAAAGUAAUCUUUGGUGCAGCUUAUAUGGAGAAGUUUUCUAUUGAGAGUAUUUGUGCUUGUUUGUGCAUGUGAUACAUAAUCCUUUGGAGAUGGACUUUCUGCAAUAUGUAGAGAAGUGUCAGUUCAACCUGUUACUGUGUGCUGUUUUCUUUUUAUGCACACAUUCAUUUACUUUCAGUCUGUGUUCAGGUCUGAUUUGUUGCACGGUAAUUGUGUCCAGACAUGCUAUCCUUACUGAAAUUCCCUCAAUCUGUUGGAGGAACUCAUAGUCUGUUCAGUUUGUGCUUAGAAGUCAGAUUUUCCAACUUCUCUGUCAGAAAUGCAACAAAAUGGGCCCAAGCGAUGUCCGAUAUGGCUGCCACAAAUAUAAAACAUAGUGGAAGUUGCAGAAAUAAGCUAUUUAUUAGCACUUCUGAUACUUUGUGUCACAUUAAGCCACUGGACACAUACUUGGGCAACCUAUGUUUAUGAACAUGUUUUAGUGUUUGAAUGCAUAAAGUAGAAAGAAAUAUAUUGUUAUUGGUUGUAUUCUUAAUAGCAAUCAACAAAUACCACAAGCUUUUGCAUCCUCCAAUUUGAAUUCUCUCAGCAUGUCAUUCUCAAAUCCAACGUUUGAGGCAAGUUGAGCUCAAUGUUACUUUUGGUUGAGUUGUGAAAAAAGCAUUACCAAAUAUUUCCAUUCGUUCAAUAUUUCCUUUUAAAUUGUCCAAUAUGGUUUUAAAAUACAAAAGAUGAGGUAGCGAGCUCCAUAUGUGGCUUAACUUCUAACCGGAUAUCCGUAAAUGGAAGUUUUAAAGCAGGCAGAUCUGAGAUUAGAGAUGUCAGCCCAACCAGUUAAUACAGACACAUUGCAAAGACAGUGCAGGGUUUACCCUCCUGCCUGCCUGACACAGACUUUCCUGUUCUGCACAUGCAUUCCUCGCCUUACGUGAUUGCAGUGGGUGUGGCCUGAAAGACUUUGGCUGCUGGCAGCCAGGAAGAACGAGUUUUAUUGUUGUAGAUUAUUCACCAAGCACCCGGAUGUUGUCAAAAUUGUAGCACAUGUAUUGAAGUAACCCCUUCAGUAUCAAACACGGUGUUCAGUUUUUUGGAAACAUGACCUUUGAGGUCAGUCGGUCAUUGAAGUCUACUUAUCCUUCCUUCCUUCCUUCCUCCAUCCUUCACUUCCUCACAGGCUUUGCCAUCCACAAUGUUGCUUUUUGACCUAAAUAUUUUAAAUGUUUACAUCACACACUAUUUAAUCUUAAGGUAUUCAUAUGUCUUAUGAGAAAUAAUGAAACUAAAUGAAGACUAGUAUAUCAAGAAAUAACUUCUCUGCUGUGGUUGAAACAAAAUGCACUGGGAGAGUUCAGUAUGCUUUGUACAGUAUUUAACAAUUCCAUUUGUUUGUAUGAAUAGCUGACUCUUUUAAAAUAAAUCCAAAAUAAAAUGACUUAUUUAUGAGCUUG